UACUAAAAUAAAAGUGAUUUGCAUCUUUUUCAGUAGACAUCGCAAUUGAGUGACUCACUGCACAUUAAAAAUGAGUAAAUUAGGUUUUCUUUUAACUUUACUUGCGUCGUUCUGCUCUCUCCUUCACUAUUUUAAACAAUGACAUCCUCUCUCUCCACAAAUACAUACUACAAUCAAACAAAUCUCUGCAUCCAUUUACAAAAAAUGAAGCCAUCUUUCUUCACAAAUCUCCCAUCAGAAAUCAUCCCUAAUAUCCUCUCAAGGCUCUCUGUUCGUAGCAUUGCAAUUAGCAAGUGUGUUUGCAAAGCAUGGCGCAAUCUACUCGUCACUGAUGAUUUCAUCGAUUCACAUCUUUCCAAAUCCGCCCCUUCCCUAGCUGUAAUGAUGUCGAUGCCGGAUGCGUAUCGGUGCAAAGUUUUCGAACUGGAAGAUGAACUCGAUCUCCGUCAUGGUUACGGUCCACUCACUGAGUUCGAUUUCCCCGACGAAGCAACGAUAGAGGGCUCUGCUAACGGUUUGCUCUUUCUACACAAUCUUGACGCCGAUUUCGAUAUUUUCUAUGUAUGCAAUCCGGCUACUCGUGAGUUCUGUGAGCUCCUCUCGCUUCCCCAGGGAAUCGCUUAUGGAUUUGGAGCGAGCAAAAUAACUGGCCAACAUAAGGUGGUCUGUAUUAGCCCCAAAUUGGAUUGCCAUGUUUACACUCUCGGAACAGGUUCAUGGAGACGCGUUGAAGCUACCACCGCCUCGUUUGAUUACAGCUAUAGUAUCUUUGGCACAUUCGUUAAUGGCAAUCUUCACUGGAUAGUAUCCUCGGAUUCUAAUGACACAGAACGGAUUUGUUGCUUUGAUGUCGAGAAUGAAUGCUUUAGCACCUUUCCUGCUCCUCCGCCUCUUCGAGACUGCAGAUUGGAUAGUCGCAGGCGCUUGUUUGCUUUGAGGGAUUGCCUGUGCUUUUGCGAUGAAUCAUGUUACAAUGAGAUUGCUAUAUGGUUGAUGAAGGAAACUUGGUGCAUGGAUCGUGUCAUCCGCGUGACACCUUAUUAUGGCAUGUAUGGCUUCGCAUAUGUUCAGCCUAUUGAAGUAUUCGGAAAUGGUGACAUCUUGAUGUUGUGUGAUGCCAAGAUCUUCAUGUACUAUACCAACAAGACUCAGACGGCUCGAGAGAUUGGUGCUUUCUUUGGUGCGAAGAAGAACUGUAUCACCUCCACUAUGCUUCUCACUCCGACCUUGGUUUCUCUUAAGAGUUUGGGUAUGAAGAAUGUAAUCUCAUUUUGAUGGUUAAUGUCAGUUCAUAUUUUAGUUUUCUUCAACUCGGAAAUCAGGAAUGUGUUUAAUUAUUAGACAGAUUGGCAUCAAAUGAAAGUAAUCACAAGUGGUAUUCAAUAGAUAUGUAAUUUCCUCGA